UGUUUCCUAAGAAGCCUGGGUGGCCACCGUGCCCCACGUAGGCAGAGCCCGGGGGCCCUGGGCACAGUGCACUGAGUUUGCUGGCAGCCGGCCCACCUGAAGGUCAGGAACAGCGUCCUGGGACUACACAACAAUGGUAGAAAGAUGGCUCUGUUGAGAUGAGCUCUUAAUUAAUGCACUGAGAGCUUAGGAGUCCCACCUCUCAACAGGAAUGAUUGACGUCCAAGGAUACAUAAAUUACACUAAUUGAGCUCCGUCUUAUACAGGCUUUCCACAGCCAACUCAUCAGAGAAGCUAGGUUUGUAAGACCAGCACUGUCUUUCUUAGCAACUCUAAUGAGCAAUCUGAUACAACAUUGAAGGAAAAUACACCAUUUUGAGUCCCUGCUCUUCUAAGACAAACUGAUUUAGAAGUUCGGUGCAAUCAAGACAACUAAACGCCGCUUUAAAGAAGAAGAGAAGAGAGGCCAAUGCAAGUUGACCCGUGAGUGUAAUCUGUGCCGACCAGGACUGAUGUGCACCCAGAAGGAAUGAAGUAUGGAUGUGAAAGAACGUAGGCCUUACUGCUCGCUGACCAAGAGCAGACGAGAAAAAGAACGGCGUUAUACAAAUUCCUCAGCAGACAAUGAGGAGUGUAGGGUCCCCACGCAGAAGUCGUACAGUUCCAGUGAAACCUUGAAAGCUUUUGAUCAUGAUUCUUCACGGCUGCUUUACGGAAACAGAGUAAAGGAUUUGGUUCACAGAGAAGCAGACGAAUACAGCAGACAAGGACAGAAUUUUACCCUAAGGCAGUUAGGAGUUUGUGAACCAGCAACUCGAAGAGGACUUGUGUUUUGUGCGGAAAUGGGGCUCCCCCACAGAGGUUACUCUAUCAGUGCAGGGUCAGAUGCUGAUACUGAAAAUGAAGCAGUGAUGUCCCCAGAGCAUGCCAUGAGACUUUGGGGCAGGGGGGUCAAAUCAGGCCGCAGCUCCUGCCUGUCAAGCCGGUCCAACUCAGCCCUCACCCUGACAGAUACGGAGCACGAAAACAAGUCAGACAGUGAGAAUGAGCAACCUGCAAACAACCAAGGCCAGCCCACCCUUCCGCCUCUGCCACCACCCCAUAAGCAGCACCCCGCACAGCACCAUCCGUCCAUCACUUCUCUCAACAGAAACUCCCUGACCAAUAGAAGGAACCAGAGUCCGGCCCCGCCGGCUGCUUUGCCCGCCGAGCUGCAAACCACACCCGAGUCCGUCCAGCUGCAGGACAGCUGGGUCCUUGGCAGUAAUGUACCACUGGAAAGCAGGCAUUUCCUAUUCAAAACAGGAACAGGGACAACGCCACUGUUCAGCACUGCAACCCCAGGAUACACAAUGGCAUCUGGCUCUGUUUAUUCGCCGCCUACUCGGCCACUACCUAGAAACACCCUGUCAAGAAGCGCUUUUAAAUUCAAGAAGUCUUCAAAGUACUGUAGCUGGAAAUGCACCGCCCUGUGUGCUGUAGGGGUCUCCAUACUCCUGGCAAUCCUCCUAUCGUAUUUUAUAGCAAUGCAUCUCUUUGGCCUCAACUGGCAGCUGCAGCAGCCCGAAAACGACACAUUUGAGAACGGAAAAGUGAAUUCUGAGGCAGCACCAACAAACACUGUGUCAUUACCUUCUGGCGACAAUGGAAAAUUAGGUGGAUUUACACAAGAAAAUAACACCAUAGAUUCUGGAGAACUUGAUAUUGGCCGAAGGGCAAUUCAAGAGGUUCCUCCUGGGAUUUUCUGGAGAUCACAGCUCUUUAUUGAUCAGCCACAGUUUCUGAAAUUCAAUAUCUCUCUUCAGAAGGAUGCAUUGAUUGGAGUAUAUGGCCGAAAAGGCUUACCACCUUCCCAUACUCAGUAUGACUUUGUUGAGCUCCUGGACGGCAGCAGAUUGAUUGCAAGAGAGCAGCGGAACCUGCUUGAGCCCGAAAGAGCAGGGAGACAGGCGAGAUCCGUCAGUCUGCACGAGGCUGGCUUUAUCCAGUACUUGGAUUCUGGAAUCUGGCAUCUGGCUUUUUACAAUGAUGGGAAAAAUACGGAGCAGGUGUCUUUUAAUACCAUCGUCAUAGAGUCUGUGGUGGAAUGCCCCCGCAAUUGCCAUGGAAAUGGAGAGUGCGUUUCUGGAACUUGCCAUUGUUUUCCAGGAUUUUUAGGUCCGGAUUGUUCAAGAGCAGCCUGUCCGGUGUUGUGCAGCGGCAAUGGACAGUACUCCAAAGGCCGCUGCCUCUGUUUCAGCGGCUGGAAGGGCACCGAGUGCGAUGUGCCCACUACGCAGUGCAUUGACCCUCAGUGCGGGGGGCGUGGGAUUUGCAUCAUGGGUUCUUGCGCCUGCAACUCGGGAUACAAAGGAGAGAAUUGUGAAGAAGCUGACUGUCUAGACCCUGGAUGUUCCAAUCACGGUGUGUGUAUCCAUGGGGAAUGUCACUGCAAUCCAGGAUGGGGUGGUAACAAUUGUGAAAUACUGAAGACCAUGUGUCCAGACCAGUGCUCUGGUCAUGGGACGUAUCUUCAAGAAAGUGGCUCCUGCACCUGUGACCCUAAUUGGACUGGCCCAGACUGCUCAAAUGAAAUCUGUUCCGUGGACUGCGGCUCGCACGGGGUGUGCAUGGGGGGCACCUGUCGCUGUGAAGAGGGCUGGACGGGCGCAGCCUGCAGUCAAAGAGCCUGCCACCCGCGCUGCGCCGAGCACGGCACGUGCAAGGAUGGCAAGUGCGAAUGCAGCCAGGGCUGGAACGGCGAGCACUGCACCAUCGCUCACUAUUUGGAUAAGAUAGUUAAAGCAGACAAGAUAGGAUAUAAAGAGGGUUGUCCUGGUCUGUGCAACAGUAAUGGGAGAUGCACGCUGGACCAAAACGGCUGGCAUUGUGUCUGCCAGCCAGGGUGGAGAGGAGCGGGAUGUGAUGUGGCCAUGGAGACUCUCUGCACAGACAGUAAGGACAACGAAGGAGAUGGGCUCGUUGACUGUAUGGAUCCUGAUUGCUGUUUACAGAGUUCCUGCCAAAACCAGGCUUACUGCCAUGGACUGCCUGACCCUCAGGAUGUCAUCAGCCAAAGCUUACAGUCCCCCCCGCAGCAGGCCGCCAAGUCCUUCUAUGAUCGAAUCAGCUUUCUCAUAGGGUCUGACAGCACCCAUGUCCUACCUGGAGAAAGUCCUUUCAAUAAGAGCCUUGCAUCCGUCAUCAGAGGCCAAGUACUAACUGCUGAUGGAACUCCUCUCAUUGGAGUAAAUGUCUCGUUUUUCCAUUACCCAGAAUAUGGAUAUACUAUUACCCGCCAGGAUGGAAUGUUUGACCUGGUGGCAAAUGGAGGGGCUUCCCUGACUUUGGUAUUUGAACGAUCCCCAUUCCUCACUCAGUAUCAUACGGUGUGGAUUCCGUGGAAUGUCUUUUAUGUGAUGGAUACCCUAGUCAUGAAGAAGGAAGAGAAUGACAUUCCCAGCUGUGAUCUGAGUGGAUUUGUGAGGCCAAAUCCUAUCAUCGUGUCCUCUCCUUUAUCCACCUUUUUCAGAUCAUCUCCUGAAGACAGCCCUAUUAUUCCAGAAACACAGGUACUCCAUGAAGAAACUACAAUUCCAGGAACAGAUCUGAAACUUUCCUACUUGAGUUCCAGAGCUGCAGGCUAUAAGUCAGUUCUCAAGAUCACCAUGACCCAGUCUAUUAUACCAUUUAAUUUAAUGAAGGUUCACCUUAUGGUGGCUGUCGUCGGAAGACUCUUUCAGAAGUGGUUUCCUGCCUCGCCAAACUUGGCCUAUACUUUUAUAUGGGAUAAAACAGAUGCGUAUAAUCAAAAGGUCUAUGGUCUAUCUGAAGCUGUUGUUUCAGUUGGAUAUGAAUACGAGUCAUGUCUGGACUUGACUCUGUGGGAAAAGAGGACCGCCAUUUUACAAGGCUAUGAAUUAGACGCUUCCAACAUGGGUGGUUGGACAUUAGAUAAACAUCAUGUGUUGGACGUUCAGAAUGGUAUACUGUACAAGGGAAAUGGGGAGAACCAGUUUAUCUCCCAACAGCCUCCGGUCGUCAGUAGCAUCAUGGGCAACGGCCGCAGGCGCAGCAUCUCAUGCCCGAGCUGCAAUGGUCAAGCCGAUGGCAAUAAGCUAUUGGCUCCAGUUGCGUUAGCUUGUGGGAUCGAUGGCAGUCUGUAUGUAGGGGAUUUCAACUACGUUCGCCGAAUAUUCCCUUCUGGAAACGUAACAAGCGUUUUGGAACUCAGAAAUAAAGAUUUUAGACAUAGCAGCAACCCAGCUCAUAGAUACUACCUUGCAACUGAUCCCGUCACAGGAAAUUUGUAUGUUUCUGACACUAACACCCGCAGAAUUUAUCGCCCAAAGUCACUGACGGGUACAAAAGAUUUGACUAAAAAUGCUGAAGUGGUUGCAGGGACGGGGGAGCAGUGCCUUCCAUUUGAUGAAGCCAGAUGUGGAGAUGGAGGGAAGGCUGUGGAGGCGACACUCAUGAGUCCCAAAGGAAUGGCAAUUGAUAAGAACGGAUUAAUCUACUUUGUUGAUGGAACCAUGAUCAGAAAAGUUGAUCAAAACGGGAUCAUAUCAACUCUCCUGGGCUCUAACGAUCUGACUUCAGCCAGACCCUUAACUUGUGACACCAGCAUGCACAUCAGCCAGGUACGUCUGGAAUGGCCCACUGACCUCGCCAUUAACCCCAUGGAUAACUCCAUUUACGUCCUGGAUAAUAACGUAGUUCUGCAGAUCACUGAGAAUCGCCAAGUGCGCAUUGCUGCGGGACGGCCCAUGCACUGCCAAGUUCCAGGCGUGGAAUAUUCUGUGGGGAAGCACGCGGUUCAGACAACUCUGGAAUCGGCGACCGCCAUUGCGGUGUCGUACAGUGGGGUCCUGUACAUUACUGAAACCGAUGAGAAGAAGAUUAACCGAAUCCGGCAGGUCACCACAGACGGGGAGAUCUCCCUGGUGGCGGGAAUACCUUCAGAGUGUGACUGCAAAAACGACGCCAACUGUGACUGUUACCAGAGUGGAGAUGGCUACGCCAAAGACGCCAAGCUCAGCGCGCCAUCCUCCCUGGCCGCUUCCCCGGAUGGCACCCUGUAUAUCGCGGACCUGGGGAAUAUCCGGAUCCGGGCCGUGUCCAAGAACAAGCCUUUCCUUAACUCCAUGAACUUUUAUGAAGUUGCCUCCCCAACUGACCAGGAACUCUAUAUCUUUGACAUCAAUGGCACCCACCAGUAUACUGUAAGUUUGGUCACUGGUGAUUACCUGUACAAUUUUAGCUACAGCAACGAUAACGAUAUUACUGCUGUGACAGACAGCAAUGGCAACACCCUCAGGAUUAGACGGGACCCGAAUCGGAUGCCAGUUCGGGUGGUGUCUCCAGAUAACCAAGUGAUAUGGUUGACGAUAGGAACCAAUGGAUGUUUGAAAAGCAUGACUGCCCAAGGACUAGAAUUAGUUUUGUUUACAUACCAUGGCAACAGUGGCCUGUUAGCCACAAAAAGUGAUGAAACUGGGUGGACAACGUUUUUUGACUAUGACAGCGAAGGUCGCCUGACCAAUGUUACCUUUCCAACGGGAGUGGUCACAAACCUCCAUGGAGACAUGGACAAGGCCAUCACGGUGGACAUUGAGUCAUCCAGCCGCGAAGAAGAUGUCAGCAUCACCUCAAAUCUGUCUUCAAUCGACUCCUUCUACACCAUGGUUCAAGAUCAGUUACGCAACAGCUACCAGAUCGGGUACGACGGCUCCCUUCGAAUCAUCUACGCCAGCGGCCUGGAUUCGCAUUACCAGACGGAGCCGCAUGUCCUGGCCGGCACGGCGAAUCCCACCGUUGCCAAGAGAAACAUGAGCCUUCCUGGAGAAAACGGGCAAAAUUUGGUGGAGUGGAGGUUCCGAAAAGAGCAAGCCCAAGGAAGAGUCAACGUCUUUGGUCGAAAGCUUAGGGUUAAUGGCAGAAACCUCCUUUCCGUUGACUUUGAUCGAACAACAAAGACAGAAAAGAUCUAUGAUGACCACCGUAAAUUCCUGCUGAGGAUUGCCUACGACACGUCGGGACACCCAACUCUGUGGUUGCCCAGCAGCAAGCUGAUGGCCGUCAACGUCACCUACUCAUCCACUGGUCAAAUUGCCAGCGUCCAGCGGGGAACCACUAGCGAGAAAGUGGAUUAUGACGGCCAGGGGAGGAUCGUGUCUCGGGUCUUCGCUGACGGCAAAACGUGGAGUUACACCUACUUAGAAAAGUCCAUGGUUCUCCUGCUCCACAGCCAGAGGCAGUACAUCUUCGAAUAUGACAUGUGGGACCGGCUGUCGGCCAUCACCAUGCCGAGCGUGGCUCGCCACACCAUGCAGACCAUCCGGUCCAUUGGCUACUACCGCAACAUAUACAACCCCCCAGAAAGCAACGCCUCCGUCAUCACGGACUACAAUGAGGAAGGGCUCCUUCUGCAAACGGCCUUCCUGGGUACGAGUCGGAGGGUCUUGUUCAAGUACAGAAGGCAGACCAGGCUCUCGGAAAUUUUAUAUGAUAGCACGAGAGUCAGCUUUACCUACGAUGAAACAGCGGGCGUCCUGAAAACCGUAAACCUCCAGAGUGAUGGUUUUAUUUGCACCAUUAGAUACAGGCAGAUUGGUCCCCUGAUUGACAGGCAGAUUUUCCGCUUCAGCGAAGACGGGAUGGUAAAUGCGAGAUUUGACUACAGCUAUGACAACAGCUUUCGAGUGACCAGCAUGCAGGGUGUCAUCAAUGAGACGCCACUGCCCAUUGAUCUCUAUCAGUUUGAUGACAUUUCUGGCAAAGUUGAGCAGUUCGGAAAAUUUGGAGUUAUAUAUUACGACAUUAACCAGAUCAUCUCCACGGCCGUAAUGACGUACACAAAGCACUUUGACGCCCACGGCCGCAUCAAGGAAAUUCAGUAUGAGAUAUUCAGAUCCCUCAUGUACUGGAUUACGAUUCAAUAUGAUAACAUGGGUCGGGUAACCAAAAGAGAAAUUAAAAUAGGGCCCUUUGCCAACACUACCAAAUACGCUUACGAAUACGAUGUUGAUGGGCAGCUCCAGACGGUUUAUCUGAAUGAAAAGAUCAUGUGGCGUUACAACUAUGACCUGAACGGAAACCUCCAUCUGCUGAACCCGAGCAGCAGUGCGCGUCUGACGCCUCUUCGCUAUGACCUGCGAGACAGAAUCACUCGACUGGGGGAUGUUCAGUACCGGCUGGAUGAAGAUGGGUUCCUGCGUCAGCGAGGCACAGAGAUCUUCGAGUACAGCUCCAAGGGGCUUCUGACUCGCGUUUACAGCAAAGGCAGCGGCUGGACCGUGAUCUAUCGUUACGAUGGCCUGGGAAGGCGUGUAUCUAGCAAAACCAGUCUGGGACAGCACCUGCAGUUUUUUUAUGCGGACUUAACCUAUCCCACUAGGAUUACUCACGUCUACAACCAUUCCAGCUCAGAAAUCACUUCUCUCUAUUAUGAUCUCCAAGGACAUCUUUUUGCCAUGGAAAUCAGCAGUGGUGAUGAAUUCUACAUUGCGUCAGAUAACACAGGGACACCCUUGGCCGUUUUCAGUAGCAAUGGGCUUAUGCUAAAACAGAUUCAGUAUACUGCAUAUGGCGAAAUCUAUUUUGAUUCCAAUAUUGACUUUCAGCUGGUAAUUGGAUUUCAUGGUGGCUUAUAUGACCCACUCACAAAAUUAAUCCACUUUGGGGAAAGAGAUUAUGAUAUUUUGGCAGGACGAUGGACGACGCCUGACAUAGAAAUCUGGAAGAGAAUUGGGAAGGACCCAGCUCCUUUUAACCUCUACAUGUUUAGGAAUAAUAACCCUGCAAGCAAAAUCCAUGAUGUGAAAGAUUACAUCACAGAUGUUAACAGCUGGCUGGUGACAUUUGGCUUCCAUUUGCACAAUGCUAUUCCUGGAUUCCCCGUUCCCAAAUUUGAUUUAACGGAGCCUUCUUACGAACUUGUGAAGAGUCAGCAGUGGGAGGAUGUGCCGCCCAUUUUCGGAGUUCAGCAACAAGUGGCGAGGCAGGCCAAGGCCUUCCUGUCCCUGGGGAAGAUGGCAGAGGUCCAGGUGAGCAGGCGCAAGGGCGGCGGCGCGCCCUCGUGGCUGUGGUUCGCCACGGUCAAGUCGCUGAUCGGCAAGGGCGUCAUGCUGGCCGUCAGCCAGGGCCGCGUGCAGACCAACGUGCUCAACAUCGCCAACGAGGACUGCAUCAAGGUGGCGGCCGUGCUCAACAACGCCUUCUACCUGGAGAACCUGCACUUCACCAUCGAGGGCAAGGACACGCACUACUUCAUCAAGACCACCACGCCCGAGAGCGACCUGGGCACGCUGCGGCUGACGAGCGGCCGCAAGGCCCUGGAGAACGGCAUCAACGUGACCGUGUCGCAGUCCACGACCGUGGUCAACGGCAGGACUCGCAGGUUCGCCGACGUGGAGAUGCAGUUCGGCGCGCUGGCGCUGCACGUGCGCUACGGCAUGACCCUGGACGAGGAGAAGGCGCGCAUCCUGGAGCAGGCGCGGCAGCGCGCGCUCGCCCGGGCCUGGGCGCGCGAGCAGCAGCGCGUGCGCGACGGCGAGGAGGGCGCGCGCCUCUGGACGGAGGGCGAGAAGCGGCAGCUGCUGAGCGCCGGCAAGGUGCAGGGCUACGACGGGUACUACGUACUCUCGGUGGAGCAGUACCCCGAGCUGGCCGACAGCGCCAACAACAUCCAGUUCCUCCGACAAAGCGAGAUCGGCAAGAGGUAACCCCCCGGGCCCGGCUGCCGGGGACGGACGGCGGCCACCCCCGCGCUGGGAGGCGGACCCAGCGGGUGUCGCUGCGUUUCUCUUGAGCCUACACCGCACCUCUGCUCGGAUUUUUCUGUAGCACAAUCCGAAUCGGACUCUCCGACACAGAAGAGCCUUCCAGGAGAAUGAUACUGCUAUUAAAAAAAAAAAAAAAAAAAAUCUCCCCCCCCCCCCCCGAAAAACAAAAACAAAAAAACUUUUUUCUGAAUGACCUUAAAGGUGAUCGGCUUUAAAGAAUAUGUUUACAUAUGCAUAUCGCUGCACUCAGUUGGACUGAAAGUAGUAAAAGGAAAAAAUAAAUAAAUAAGUGAAAGAAAGGAAAAAAAAGGCCUAAACAUUUUGGGCUAGGCCGUCUGUUCCUUCGAGCCACUGUAUUUAAGGUAAAAAUGCAUACGGUGUGUCCAGAUAUUACCGAAUUGUCGACCUUUGCUUACAAGAAGUAGUCUCUCUGCAUAGGAUGUGAUCUAUAUCUCUGUUAAUUUUAAAAUGUGGGGCAAAAUUACUGUUUAUAGACAACCCAACUGCUUUCCCUGUGCUGCUUUGUAAAAGGACUUUGGCACAAGUGACUUCUGCUACGGCGGGGAUUUCAUAACGGAUUUUACAAUGCUAACGUGGUUUGCCUUGGGGGAAAAAACUGGCAAAUAGAAUCCAUGUCACUGAUAAGCAAAGGAAACCCUGAUUUUUUUGUAAAUUAUGUGAGACAAGUUGUUUAUGGAUUUUUAUAUGAAUUACAAUUUACUGUACAUCAAAUAUUAGUCUCAGAGGAGUUAAUUUAUGUAAAGUGUUUAAAAAGUUUAUACUUAAAAAUAAAACGAUAAAAACAUGUGAACUGUGUGAUUUUUUUAAAAGGAUUGCACCUUUUGUUAUCUGUUAUAGCUGUACAGUAUAAAUUAUUAUAUUGUAGAGAUAUAACGACUUAUGCCUAUAAUGUCCAGAAGUGUUAAUAUUUUUGUAUUAGGUUGAAAAAAAAUGUGCAACUUUCUAUCACUAGAUGGAUAGGACAGUGCAAUCCUAAGUGGGUGGCUAAUCAGAGAACUCCUUUCUCUUCUCUUUUUCAUCAGGCCAGUGUCCUCAACCUUUAUCAGCUAAGAGGCACCGUAGAAAACUAAGGCUGGUGGAAUGUAGCGGAAGAUACAGAAAAAAAACAAAAAACAAAACAAAACUGGGCGGGAGAGGUCCUUUCUCGUCCCUAAAAGUCGAGGGGAGUUGAUAUAAUUAACCACAGGGUUUUUACUGUUACCAUUCCUUGAAGCUCCAUUUCUCGAUGGAGGCAAGAGACCACAUCAGAUGUUCCGGGAAAUAUUUGUGAGCAGGAAAGGAUCUGAUGUAGUCAUGACCGUAAACAUGUGUCUUAAGAUCUAGGGAAGAUAGCAGAAGCCGAGCAGCGCCGAGAGGGCCAGAUGGAGAAGGUCAGGGUCGCUCUGCUAGUCUGGGGUUUGGACCAUCAGGUCACCAAGAGGGACGCAAAAGGGAGACAAAAAGCUCCCGUGAGCCCCCGUGACCCAACCAUCCCGGGAGCUGGUUUGAAUGGCAGCCUCUGCUCUGUCUCCGGGAAGCGGGGGGGUGGGGAUGGGGGUGGCACAUCCAGCUGGACGCGAACCGCCAGCCGUGCCCUCCCGCACACGCGUGCGAGUGGGACCGCGCGUGGCCGCCAUCUGCCCUUCUGUGCCGGCCCACCGCGCUUGCAAAUCUCUUUCGUGAGCACUAAAUUCAGCCACAAAAAUAUUUUUAGAAAAUAUUUCUCAGUUCAUUGAGCUAUAGUACACUGUUUUCCUCUAUGUAUAAUGGUGAUAAAAUAUAGCAAGUGAACAUGUCGUAAAUAUAAAGGUUCAAGUGAUGUAUUGAAAAUAAUUUUCUAACUGCUUUGUAUGUAUCACAUACUCUAAAUUGCACAGUAGGCGUGUUUAUUAAACAGAUUGGCUGGGAAAGUUUCAAAAUAGCUACUGAAUUUACAGUAUCAGUGCUAUUACUGUCUUUGUGUAUUUGGUAGAGCAUACCGAAGUAAUUAAUCUUCUAAUGAAUGCUGAUAUUUUAUUAGAAUGAAAGCACAGAUUAGCAUUAAUAUUUUUUAUCCUGGAAAUCCUUUGGCAAGUAUUAUGAAGCCCCAAUUUAGAAAACUAUGAGAUUUCAAACCACAUGAACAUGGCUCUGUUUUACAGUUUAUUUUUUAACCUGUUAACUUAGGUGUUUGCAGUUCUGUUCUGAUGGAAUUUCUGCAGGACUGUAUUUAGCAUGCUGUAAGUACUUUUGGUUAAAAUGGGCUCUGAGUCUAAAUCCUCAGAAGUGUCUCUGAUGUAUUGACCAUGAAAAGCUUGUACCACAUGACAGAAGUGAAAUCAUAAUCUUACCCUCUUCUCGACAUGGACUGGUCCUUUACAUUGGCACCGAUAAAUAACAGAUUUGGAGCAUCUCCUGGUGCUUUUUAGAUGAAGUCAAAUCAACCCAAUUAGUGUCUUGGUAGUAGGUAUAAUGAGCCUAUUUCUUUCUAAAAAGACUUGUGAUCUGGACAUGCUUUUACAAGAAAUAGUGACCUUGGGGAAUAUGUAAACAAAAGACCUUUUUCUAAGAGUUGCGGGGGUGGGGGACUGGAUAAUGAAAAGAAUUAGCUUACAAAAAAAAAAAAAAAGAAAUUGAUAUUCAAAGUAUUUUAGGCACAGCCAGUCAAGAUGCUUUCAUGAUAUUUUGAGAUGUAAAUUUUGUCUGAUUUGUAUUGUUCUUUUCAUUUGCCUUCUUAACUUUAUAUGUGACCUGAAUUUUCCAUAACUUGACUAUAGAUUGCAUCUAGGCAUUCCAAUAAAAGCCAACCCAAUGUG